AUCAAUUUCAAUUGCUCAUCCUCAUAUCGGAUCCCUGAGUUUACAACAAAUUCACACAAACAGAAUUGUUCGCAAGGACGCGCGUUGAUGUGUUUUUUGUUGACCCUUGCUCCGACAGCCCCUCAGUUGGUGUUUUCCGUAUCCCUCAUUUGGCGUGAGAUGGUCCUUUAUACUUUGUAAUUAUAUCUUCCUUAUCUCCUACUUCAAGUAGAGGGUCGUUUCUGUUGUGCGGAAUUUGCAAACAUUGUACAAUGUAUCGAAUUGUAAAUAAUUAAACAUCUGCGUGAGCAUAUUGUGCCAUGAGUUGCUCAGGAUCAUUUAUUAGUUAAAUUAUUCGUUCUCGUCAGAUAUUUUUCAAAGUACUACUUGUCCCGUACCGCUUCGCAGUUAUUAGCUGAAAAACCUUGCGUGAGUUUCAACGUGCCGAACAACUGCGACCGCAACGCCCUUGCGGGAGUCUGCACUGUACAUCUUCGUGCGAGAUUUAUUGUAUUGCAUUGUACUUACUUCGGUUGUAUUUCAGGAAGACUCCGGUUCAGGUCUGUUUUUUGUCCCCUCACGUAGGGAUAAUAGUCUCGAGGCCGUCUCCAUGACACACCGUUUGUUACUAUCUUGUCUUGCCAGUAGUCGAGAGUAGCUACCUAAGACGCAUGAUGAUGACUUCGUUAUAUUCCCACCUCAAAUAUUCUUGAUCUGGAAGGGCAUCAAGGGCGGUCGGUGCUGUUUUGAAGUUGAUUCACGACGACUCGAGGAUGAAGUGGUUUAGCUACCCCUAUCGUUUUCUCUUUCCCGAGCGUGUCGCGCGGCAGGAACGGUUGAAUCUGAACCCAUCGUGCAUGUUUUCCGGUGCCGCGGGCGCCGGAUUGGUGUGCUGGAGCACCCUGCUUGUUCUGUGGCUUGUGCAACGGUUGCACAACAAACCCAAACGAAGAAGAUUUUUGUGGCUGUUCGGAUUUUCAGGUACUAUCUCUUGUUCUUGCCAGGGCCUUGUGAGUCAAAAAUCUUCAAUGAUGAAUCAAUAUCAAUCACAAUUAUUAAGAAACCAAUAUCAAUCCAAAUCCAUUUCCUCUAUGUGGCACGACUGCUUCUCGUCUACUAACCCAGACUUUGUGCGGUCUGAUCUCGGAGGUGUAGAGGAGGUGCUUGGUUCAGCGAUGGAAGCGGCGCAGCUGCAGGAGGAGGACGACAUGCUCAGUCGGUAUUUGAAUGCGGUUUUUUCGCGUAUUGCCGAUCGCCUCCUGUUUCCUCACGGGGCAGCGGUGCGAAAUAUUCGGCAAGUCACGGCGUUCGUGCGGGAAUUAGAAGUCAAAGACGUCAAAUCCAACACGAAGCACGAACGGAGCUCCCACGCUGCAGUUCCAAGGCCGCUUCUUUUGAGUGGCGGCCCCGUCUCACAAGAAGUGAAGCUCGCACUGGAAGAUAUGGUUGGCGAGUGGAAGCUCGUCAACAUGUGCGGUCUGCGCGCGUUUAUGGAAUGGCUCGCGCCUUCGUGGUUUAUGCGAGUCAUGAAGGUGGGUCGCCUGUUCUACUCCAGCAGCUGGCUUACCCUGAAAUUGUCACUGCAGCAAGGCAACUCUGAGCUCGCUUCCCCGAAUCCGAAAGCGGACACCGGUUUUCCGAAUAGUAGACGCAGGUUACCCACUAGUACUGAAGACAUGAACAAGGUGGCCGCCCGUCUGCCUUCAGUGACCGAGUUGUCGGACACCCCGUUGCUUCGAUGCAGAUCAAAUGACACCGCUGGCGCAGCAGGCGGUGGAGCUGGAGCAGGUCUAGGUGGCCACCGGGAAUCCUCCCAGGCAGAGCAAGUGGCAGCUCCUGAGAUGGUGUUGAGCUUCUUCCACGUCAGUCGUUUCAGUCCAUUAAACUUUACCCAGCUCUGGAAUUAAGGCCUCAACAACGGACACUUAAUAUUUGUUAUAUAUUGUUCUGCUUAAUAAAGUUAAAGAUGAUAUAUCCAUCUUGUUGGUGAUCUUUCUCCUUGACGAGUUUAUAAAGAUGGAUAAUUGCAUUGUAGUCGUGAGUUCUAAUUGAAGCUGGAUAACGCUGUGCGCGACAUGCAAACACCGUUUUCUACGGUUCGCGGCCGCGCUUUUCCGCGUCCGUUCGCUGGAAGAUUCAAUGGCGGUGGUGUUGCCGCGGUCUUCCAACAUGUUGUUCCUACCCCGUGGAGCAAGGUAGCAGUGGAAGUUGAAGCUCGAGUGAUGGAUGAUUCGCUUCUCGUUUUGCGGCAUCGAGUUAUGAAUGCUUUCCUGUUUUCGUUGAUGCUCCUGCAGGAGUUAGAGUUAGUUGCACUACUAUUCAAUUGAAGAAGAUCAAGAUUUCUGCUUAAUAUUUGGUAUUUUUGAUGCUGAAGGAAAAGGAGCACGACGACCUUUAGUAUUUAGAAGUAUGCUUGAAUGCAGCUGCUGCUGGAAGAUAAGGAUAACAAUUCGGAUAAAGGAAGAAGUGUCCUCUCAUGUUGUAGGUCAAACAAUACGUUACUUCUUCUUCGAAACCCGACAAUACGUUACCACUCAGAUGAAGCUAGAAGUCUACUAGAGCUUCUAUGUUCUAGAUGCAGUAUGACUCUAGAUGAACUAAAUGCAAUAUAAUUUAUAAUAGAGCUGGCCAGUAGCAGUACUACUUGUAGUUAGGUACUAGUUCAGCUAGAACUACAUCAACACGGUCUAAUGAUACGGUGGACGAAUCAUUCUUGACAUCAAUUACUCGAAGCGGAAGCGCCGGCGAGGGAGCGGAAACGAUCCCUAAAGCUUCGGCGCAGUCGAGCGGAGACGGAGGUUGUACUUCUAAGCAGUUUAUGGCGGCAAUAGGUUUUCAUUAUCUUUAUCCAGCACCACCAUUUUUCUAUUUUCAUCUCAUUUGUUCCAAAGUUAGUUGUAGGCAUUGAAUUUUUCCUCUCUGUUUUUCUCUUGGGAAGAGUCUUGGAUGAAAAUGAAGCUAAGAAGUGAAUCGUUAUUUUGAUGAGCUCUUGCUCUAGCGGUCGUUCUGACUUUGAGCUCUACUAGCGGUGGUGGGCCACUUCUCUCAGAAGUUGAGGGACCUUCAGACAGCCCACUAGAAGUAGAACUAGAGGCAUCUACAACUACUCUAGGGAAGACAAUGAAGACCCUCUACAACCGCUAAGAAAAGCAGAGAGUUCAUUUUCUUCUUCCGUAGAAGCAACGAUCUUGAGGGACGCUGGCAGAGCGCGAUGUGUGACUGGUUGGCGUCAGAGACAAAGCCUGUAGCCGCUAGUGACAGCUCCUAG